AUGGAACAACAGCGUCUCCAUGGCUUUAGGUUGUCAAAAAAGGAAAUUGAAGAACGAAAUAAGAUGGAACAGAGACGCAAGUGGAACGAAAAGCUUGAGCGAGUGGAUGUUGUGAAACUACGGACUGAACUGGAAUCACUGAACAGGGCUUCUUUUCUGACUCCCCAACAAAAUGAAAGAAAAAGGCUUGUUUCAAGAAUGGUGAGUGAUCUUGAACAGAGGGCUCGCGUAACCUCUGAUAUGCAGAAAGAAUCUCAAUUAGACCCACGAUGCCGAAAUUUAAGUAUUUCUACCUCUUCUUCAGAGGAUUAUGACGAUCUUUUUGACCGUGCACGUGUGGAUUCUACAGUUAGGGACAGCUUCCCAACGAAAGCCUUUCAAUUGUUACCAAGGAGUUUGCGAAAACGAAAUAACGAGGGUGCUCUAAUUGCUGGAGGAGAUAAGAAGCGCGCAAAGAUGGCUGAAGAUGCUUUGCUUUCUAGCAGUACUGUGGGUGAUAAUAUAGAAGAGUUUUUCGAUUCAUUGUAA